GCGUGCUCGCAGGCACGCGGAAGCUCCGCCUCCGCUGCCGCCGCGGCCUUCAGUGCGCUCUCCCGAGCUAGACUUCUGUUUUCCCGCUGCCUCGUCCCAGGCUCACUCGGUCGCAGCCCCAGCAUCUGCGCCGCGGCGGUCCUCGCUCCGUGGGCCGCGGACGCCCCGGCCCAAUGCUGCGCUGGCUGAUCGGAGGAGGCCGCGAGCCGCAGGGCCUGGCCGAGAAAGCUGCUUUGCAGACAAUAGGAGAGGACCAAGGUCAGAACCCGUAUACUGAACUGCUGGUGCUGAAGGCUCAUCGUGACAUUGUCCGCUUCCUGGUGCGGCUGGAUGACUUCAGGUUUGCAUCUGCUGGUGAUGAUGGAAUUAUAGUUGUGUGGAAUGCCCAGACGGGGGAAAAGCUUCUGGAACUCAGAGGACAUACUCAGAAGAUAACAGCUGUCAUUGCGUUCCCUUCCCAAGACCCCUGUGAGGCCAGCAGUCAGCUCCUCCUGACGGCCUCUGCUGACCGGACUGUCGGUGUUUGGGAUUGUGGCACCGGCCGACAAAUCCAGAGAGUCACAUGCUUCCAGUCUACUGUAAAGUGCUUAACUGUUCUUCAGAGACUGGACAUUUGGCUCUCAGGUGGUAGUGACCUAGGCGUGUGGAACCGGAAAUUAGAGCUGCUGUGUAAGACCAGCCACCUUUCCGAUACAGGGAUCAGUGCUUUGGUUGAAAUCCCUGGGAACUGUGUCGCCGCAGCAGUGGGCAGAGAAUUGAUAAUUUUUAGGCUUGUAACACCCACAGAAGAAUUGCCGGAGUGGGAUAUUAUUGAAGUUAAACGCCUUCUCGAUCACCAGGACAAUAUUCUGUCAUUGGCUAACAUCAAUGAUACGAGUUUCAUCACUGGCUCCCAUGUUGGCGAGCUGAUUGUCUGGGAUGCCCUGGACUGGACUGUGCAAGCCUGUGAGCGUACCUUCUGGAGCCCGACGCCACAGCUGGAUGUCCAGCAGGAAAUAAAGCUCUGCCAAAAACAAAAUGACAUUUCUAUUAAUCAUUUCACAUGCGAUGAAGAGAAUAUAUUUGCUGCAGUUGGAAGGGGGUUAUAUGUGUAUAACCUACAGUUGAAGCGUGUGAUUGCCUGCCAGAGAACUGCACAUGAUUCCAACAUCCUACACCUCGAUAAACUUCCAAACAGGCAGUUAAUCUCGUGCUCAGAAGAUGGCGCUGUGCGUAUGUGGGAGGUCCGAGAAAAACAGCAGCUGGCAGCUGAGCCCGUCCCAACAGGAUUUUUUAAUAUGUGGGGAUUUGGAAGAGUAAAUAAACAGGCCAGCCAGCCUGUUAAAAAGCAGGAAGAAAACGUCACCACGUGUUCCCUGGAGCUCAUCGGAGAUCUGAUCGGACACUCAUCGUCCGUGGAGAUGUUUCUAUACUUUGAGGAUCAUGGACUAGUGACAUGCUCUGCAGAUCAUCUCAUUAUUUUGUGGAAAAACGGAGAGCGAGAAUCUGGAUUACGCAGCUUAAAGUUAUUUCAGAAGUUAGAAGAGAACGGUGACUUAUACCCAGAGUCCACUUAAAGGAGCUGGACAAGUGUGCGCAUGAGAGCCCUGCACAGCUAAUACAGUGCGGUACUCUGAAAACCAUCAACACAUUGAUCCCUUAGAUCUGUACUGUCUUCUUGCCUAUGAGGUUCUGUCUGUCUGUCUGUCAGCAGCAAGUAUCCACCCGAGAACCCAGCACAAUAUGGCCCUGCUGCAGUGCAAGUGGUGGGUACUGUGUUCUGUCUCUUAAAGCAGUAAAAAGAAAAUGUUGUCACACAUUAUUUACAAGUUUUAUUUUGAGUUCCUUUAGAGACUGUUUUAAGACUUGGGGAGAUAGAUCCUUUCUGCCACAAAUUCUCCUGCUCCUCAGUAGCUAUCAGUGUCCACCAGAACCAAACUUGAAUAUUAGCCCCUCUCCCCAAAAAGAAUUCUGUUCUUUAAAUACAAUGAUUCUGUUUGGUACCAACUAAUUUAUAUCAUUGAAAAAAUAUUUAAUUGUGCCCACUAAAAUCCCUGUGUGCUCCAGUCCACAGGCAUCAUCUGAGCAUUUCUUUCUCAGUGUGAACUGGCCUGACUCCUGAUUGGCAGAAUACUCUUCAGGUGUUCGUGGCGUGCGCCCUGGCUUAGGAGGGAGGCACAGCCUUUUCUCAGGUCAGGAGCUGUAGCUGCCCUGUCUGCCUGCUUUGCCAUUGCCUUCAAUGGUUGAGAGCAGCUUCACUGUUGAGCUCUCUGAACAUCCACUAAGACUCGACCAUGCUCCUCGCCCUCCCAGCCUGAUGACAGUACUCUCUCUUUUGGCACUGAAAUGUAAAAUGUGUUCCACACAGUAACAAUGGGGUUGGAGGACUGUUCUUGAACUGCUGAGUAAGGAAUCUUAUCAAAGACAGGCAAGAUGAUUGUCCGUCUGCAGAUUUGUGUGUGCACACACGUACUCUACUCCCUAGAUGGACACUCUGAAUUCUUACUUUCACUAGUUCUAACAUCCACAGCUGUCUUCAGUCAAAGCUUGGUAGCAUUAAAAUCAUAGGGAGAUCAGUAGCAAUAUGUUAGAAGUGUGGAAACCAUGGCCUGGGGAGGUAAGCCCCUCUUUCCAAUGGCCAUCAUCAUCACUGAACAGCCUUAAAAGCAGAAACCAGAGGAGAGUGAGAAGGGCUGAGCGGAAGUCCUGGCGACCAUGUUAGGGAAACCAGAGCAUUCUCAGACCUUGCUGCUGGCCGCAGUUCACAAUGAAAACAGCUUUAUGUGAAAAGAUAGCAUUCAAGUGCAAGCUGCCUUAGUUAGGACGUACCAGGAUGCCCAUGGGAAACUCAAGUGUCUUUUAGCCAGAAAACCAUUGUUAUCUGAGGAGUCAAUACAAGAGGCAGGUUUGUCAUCAUCCACCCUGCAGACGUCAUGGGGGAAGCACCCGCCAGCCAAGCAGACGAGUCCGCUCGAGUGCAUCCGCUUGCCGGUCACUUUGGCUAAUUUACUUUAGACUCACUUAAAGCUUUCAAUUGUGCUAUGUCAAUGGAUUUCUCCUUUUACUAGCUUUUCCUCUAUAAAUUUCAUAUUAGGCUAUUGGUUUGUAAAGGUGUUUUCUUCAAUAA